UGGAAAUAUUUUGGUAGAUGACAAUAAUAAUGGCAAAUAUAGUAAAAUAGGGGAUUUAGAAUUAAGUAAAUCUGCUACAAAAGCUGACGUUAAUGAAACAUAUGGAAUUAUUCCUUAUAUGAUUCCAGAG